CCCCGCCCGGCUCCGUUUCCCGGGAUCGGCCCCGCCCCGCCCGGCUCCAUGGCCCGGGAUCGGCCCCGCCCCGCCCGGCUCCGUUUCCCGGGAUCGGCCCCGCCCCGGGAGCCCGGCAGGGACGGGCAGCGCCGGCACCGCCGCAGGUCAGUUCCAGCACGCAGUGAGAAAGGAAAGAGGAUGGAAGAAGGAAACGCUGCCAAGGAAAGAGUCCUCAUCACUGGAGGAGGAGGUUAUUUUGGCUUCCGUUUAGGCUGUGCCAUAUAUCAAAAGGGAGUCGAUGUGAUCCUCUUUGAUGUCGUGAAGCCACUUCAAACGGUGCCAGAGGGAAUCAAGUUCGUGCAGGGAGAUAUCUGCUGCCUGUCUGAAGUGGAAGAGGCUCUCAGAGAUGUGAUCUGCGUAUUCCAUAUCGCUUCCUAUGGAAUGUCUGGCAGGGAGCAGCUGAACAGAAAACUUAUAGAAGAUGUUAAUGUGAAAGGAACAGAAAAUGUCAUCCAGGCCUGCAGGAGCAGGGGGGUGUCGAGCCUGGUUUAUACAAGUACCUACAACGUGAUAUUUGGAGGCCAGAUUAUAGAAAAUGGGGAUGAGUCUCUGCCUUACCUACCGCUGCACCUUCACCCUGAUCACUACUCCCGAACGAAAUCUUUGGCUGAAAUGAAGGUGCUGGAGGCAAACGGUGCAGAGCUGGGAGAUGGGAGAGGUGUCCUGAGGACCUGUGCUCUGCGCCCAGCAGGGAUCUACGGGCCUGGGGAGCAGAGGCACCUCCCCAGAAUCGUCAGCUACAUUGAAAGGGGACUGUUUAAAUUUGUGUACGGAGACCCUCUGAGUCUGGUAGAGUUUGUACACGUGGACAACCUGGUCCAGGCUCAUGUCCUUGCCUCCGAGGCCCUCAGAGCCAGCAAGCAGCACGUUGCUGCAGGCCAGGCCUAUUUUAUAUCUGAUGGCAGGCCUGUAAAUAACUUUGAAUUUUUCCGACCGCUCGUGGAAGGUUUGGGUUACAAGUUCCCAACCCUGCGCCUUCCCCUCUCCCUUGUCUAUUUUUUUGCAUUCCUCACUGAAAUAGUUCAUUUUCUCGUGGGGCGCAUUUAUAACUUCCAGCCCCUCCUCACUCGCACAGAGGUUUACAAAACUGGGGUCACCCAUUAUUUCAGCAUGGAGAAGGCCAGGAGGGAGCUGGGCUAUAAGCCCCAGCAGUACAGCCUGGAUGAAGUGGUGGAGUGGUUCAGAUCCCAGGGAUGUGGAUCAAAGCCAAGAAAUUACACCAUGAUGCACCUGGUUAGGGAUGGAGGACUGCUCGUGGUGCUGGUUGCUGUGCUGGUCUCCUGGUUUCCAUCUGUAGGGACAUUUUCACUCUGAAAGAUGAAAUGCUGAGGAGAGAAUUUAGUUCUCUGCUUACUCUUGGUUUUGACAGACAGGUAAUAAAAGAUUUUUAAAAAAUA